AUGAACGCUCCUAAUCAUGACGGACGGAAGGGAACGAGAUUAUUCCCCACCAUAGACAACACUGCCAAGUGGAAGGGAAGGGACAGGGCGUCGCCCUCCAGCAACCCAGGCAGUGACCACGAGAAAGAAAACAAUCACUCCUUCCCCAACGAGCUGGGGGGAGCAAAAUGGAGGGAGAAAAAAGUGAAAAGCAAGUGGGGACGGAACGGCGCAGAAAACAACGCGGAAAAGUACGCCGAAGAGAAGCCCCCACGGUGGCAAGAACGAAACGACGACGUGUUCGCACUACCCGACGUGAUCGAAAAUUUCGUCGGCAUAGAUCACCAAAAUUUGCCCUUCGUGAAGAGCAAUUUUGCGAGCCGCAUUAACAGCAAAAACGUAGUGUCCAUAAUAGACCUCUUUGUCCAUAACUUAUUUUUCCACUUAAAAAGCAUUGGGAAAAAUAUAGACAAUUUUUAUUUGCGCUUUCGUAAAGUUGUGUAUCCCUUUCAUUUCCCCUUUCGAAAUGGUGACCUCUGUGAUGAGUGCCUACUGAAUGGGAAUAAGAGGAGGAGGUUGAUCGGGGAGAGGUGGUGUGCAUGUGGAAAGGAGGAGGAACACAAUUGGGGUAGGAAAAAUGGGAGCGAAUUUCUCCCCCAAGUUUUAAACGCCUGGUGUGAAAGAGUAAAAUGCUUGAUCACCAUUUAUAAUAAGAACAGAAAGAAGCAAAAAGUGAAGGAAUACUUACACCGGGGGGGAAGAGAAAGGGAUUCAGAAGAAGGUAGUCUUUUCUUCGAUCGGAGGAGCAGGUAUGACAUGAACGAAUGUGCGAAGGGGUUAGUGGAAAGCAUCCUUUUGGAUGAAGACAGAUGGAAAAAACUAAAACAAGUGUCCUUUUUCCCAACGGGGAAGAAACAACAAUUGGUGAAAAAUAAAUCAGGUCAUGUAACCCAUGGGGGGGAGGACCACUUUUUACCUGACCUGUGCAGGCAAAAAGAAGAACUAUGGAAUGAAGACAUAACCGAUUUGUACUUAAUCAAUUUGGUAAAAAUAAAAAUUGAAGACUACAUAAAAAAUGUGCAAGUGAAAAAAUUUUGGGACGUCAUAAAUGUGCAGCACUUAGCUAACUUUGAUUAUAGGCAUGCGGGGGGGGUAGGAACGUCGACCUCCCCCAAAGGGUUAGCAAAUUCCUCUAAAGGGUUGACAACCUCCAGCAAAGGAUUAGCGGGCACCUCAAGAGGAAUGGUCCCCCCCAGACACUCCAUCUACCGUGAGCCAAUAUACGACUACAUCCAAAUAGUAAAAAAGAGUAAGUGCAAGAAGGAAGGAAAAAACGCCCAAGUGGGAAAGGAAACAGACAGAGUGAAGAGCCAACUGAAGAACCAACUGAAGAACCUACCAACGAAUGGAAACAACACACAGGAAAUUGACAGGAGGAAGGCAGACAAAGAAUUCCUAAUGAAGGAUCUGUUCAACAACACCAUAAAGAAUUAUGAGUCGAAUCAGGUCCAUAUUUUUUUAAGUAAUUACGAUAACGUAUUUUUAAAGUCCAUAGGGAGGUUCUACCUUUUGCUAAGUUUCUCAGUUGAAAUUGUGGCCAGGCUGUAUGAGGACCUUGACUUGUACUCCCUGCACAUUUUUUCCCUGUACAGAAAUUUGGGUCACUGUGGGGGAGGUGGUGUUGCUCACCAAACCAAUUCGCAGUAUUCUAAAGUGCCUGCGGGGGGCAGACGAGGAAGCUGGACGGAGCAGGCCUUCCCCACCAUCGCUAGCGAACUUCUUUGUAAUCUUUCUCCCACCCAGCGCAGAUUAGACAACGCCGUUUUUUUGUUGCUACGUGUGUUUUUGAGGGGCAACAAACAUGGGGCACCUUCCGUGGGUGUCACUGCUAACGGUGGUAACCGUGGUAAGUGUGCUGAACGGCUCUGCGGCGGAACCCAACCGUCUGGCCUCCUCCCAGACGAGAUACACAAUCUGAGACUGGAGAAGUACAAAGAAAUUAUAAGAGAAGUCAUAAAGCUAAUAAAGUACCUUAUUGAGAAAAAAAUCCAUUCUCAGAGACCAGUCGUUAAGUACCUUGUAGGGGUUUAUAAAAAGUACAAACAGAAGAUUCACGCGUUGGAAAAAACCAUUGGGAAGAGGACCUCCAAUACAGAACAUGUAACCAUGUUGAGAAGGAACUUUCUUUUGCACUCUAUGAGUUGCUACUACUUUGAGUUCUUCACCAGGAAGGAUUUGCGCGUAAAUUUGGGGGGGAUCACCAAAUGGCGCAAUAGAAGGUUGAGGCUAAGAAUUCCCGGCCAUUCUAAGAGGAGAAAUUCAGUCUACAAAUGGACGUGCUCUCUCCGGAAAGUGGUUACUUCCCCUAGGGGGGGGUGGUGUUCCCAAAGGAAUAACUCAGUGCAUGACGUGGUGGAUGUGAUUUCCCCCGAGUUGGCCUUGCACAUCCGGGCGGGGUCAUCCGUGGGUGGAAAAAAAAAGGGAAUAAAUAAAAAAAGGACAAGUAGUAACAAAAGUAAGCGCAAUUACAAACGUAAGAACCGAAGUGGGGGAAUUAGUCGCCGUGGAAGAUUAUCCAAUACGUUCCAAGCGAAAGCACACCUGUUCGUUCUCUCCUUUUACAAGAACCACUUGGUGAAAUCCCUAAACGUAGAGCGAAUAAGGCACAAGUUUCGCGCCCUGGUGAGGAGCAAAAACGCAGUCUACAAGAAGGUUGUGCAGAAGGUGAAGGAGCAAUAUGGACGACAGAGUAGAAGAAAGGUUGAAACAGGAGACAAAUACUACGAUCUCUUUGUGGACGUAUUAAGCAUUAUAAAAAGACAGGACGAAGAGGUUAGGAGGAACUUGUUUGGAAUGAUAAGAGGGGUGAGUGAGCAACUGAAUUUGUUCUACGCAAACAUUUGCCGUUGCGUGCCGGGGGACACUUGGGAGGAGAGAAAUGUGGAACUCCUUAUGCAGCAGCGGUUGGGGGUGCUGCGGGGGGAGGACCCCAUCCGGAUGGGUCGAGAAGAUGGAGACAACGAAGAGGAAAAGCAACAAUUGGGAGAAGCGAAAAAAGCCGUGGGUGACGAAAUACACAACGAAGUUUGCAAUUGUACCGGUUGCGUGCGUGAGAAAAUGGCAAAGCUUCGUCCAUCCAAGGGUGGUAAGCGUCCCCAACGGUGCCGCCAACAGAAAGGGAAAGACAUCCAUUCAAGAAUUUGCGCAGAAUGCCGAUGCACAAUAGACAGACACCUACUCCACAGGAAGGAAAAACUGCUCAGCCAACUCCACGACGUUAAGCGUUAUUACAAAGAGAAAGCGCAAAGGCUCAACUACCUGUCAUAUGACGUAUCCAUUUUGAAGGAGUACCUUUGCGCCUACGUGAAGAAAUUUUUUGGGGACAUUAUCCUUCUGUUCGAGUACUUCUUCUGCGUAUCGAAUGAUCAUCGUGGUGUCAAUGGUGGGAACCAAGUGGGGGGAGAGAAGAAGGAGGAUCUGCUGUGUGAGUGGUUCGCUCUGUCCAGCGUAGAUAACUUCAACAAUGAAGCAGAACCCGUGGUGGACAGCCCAAACGGCAAGCAGAGCAAUUGCUCAAAACAGUAUGAGAACUACCUCCUACUGAAAAAACUGAAAUAUUUUGCGAAAAACGACAUAAUACAGUUUAUGAGCAAAAGCAUCAACUGCGCCCAGAAUGAGGUCCUCCUAAAAAUAGGAAGCAUGAAAAAGGCUUUCUAUUUUUUGCAUGCUCUGCUGAAAACGCAAGACAGUAGAAACGAGUUGCUCAUUUAUAAGCUCCUUCUCAGUUUGGUCGUAAAGUAUGGACAGUACUGCCAGAGGGAGGAGAUGAAGAGAAGCGGAUCAACAGAAGCGGGUAGUUCGUUUUCAAAGUACCCCUCCGAGAACGAACUGGAGAAACACUUCCUACAGGAGAAGAAGAGAAAAUUUUUUUUGUCAAAGUUUGGAUUAGAUUGUAUGAAUAUCCCUGGUGAAGUGACUUCCUUUUUAAAGCAAAUCGUUCAGGGUUACAAUGUGGACCACACGGGGAAGGUCCCUUCUGGGAAGACCGCUCGAGGGAAGGAAAACGCCAUCGAUGUGCAUACUUCCUGCUUGUAUAAUAUGUCUACUUGUAGUAAGGAUGACCCGAACAUUAGUUCUAUCUUGCAAAAAAUUCUGAAAAAACAAAAAAAAAAAAAUUUCUGCGUCGUUCAGAAUAAGGCAAAAAUAUAUUCCGUCACAGGGACAUGCAAAGAGGACCUCCUCCUAUCCGAUUUGUCCCACUUAUCCACUUUGUACGAAGUUAUUCACCCGAAAAAUUUAGACAAAUAUGUAAACUUGAGGCUUUUCAUAACGAUGGUGAAGAAGAGGAAAAGUGACAGGAAGAGAAAACUCAACUGCGAUGAAGUGUUCCCCACUGCAGACAUGAAUGAGAAUAACCACGUGAUCAAAAAAGGGAUUAAAAGAUACACCGUCCAUUUUGUGGACGACAAUAAGUAUGUCUUUCCAUACAUUUGUAACACGUUCGACUUUGGUUCUUCAACAGGGGGACAAGGGAACCCCAAGGAUUCCUCUGUUCCGUCUGAUCCAACCGAUCCGAUUGAUCCCAAUGAUCUGUCCCUGGACUAUGAAGUUAUCCAACUGAACAACAAUUUUAAAUUUUUUCAUUUUAUCAAUCCAAGGAGAGAGUACUCUUUUAGAAACUCCAUCUUGAACUUCGUUUAUGGGUACCCGGUUGUGUGCAUAAGGAAGGACCUCGAGGAAGGUGUCUCCCCAAAUGGGGGUCUCCACAAGGGGGGAAGAAGCAGUGCACACGUGGAGGGGUCAAAGGAAGCGACCCAAAAAUGGAUCAGAAAAAGAAAGAGGAAGGAACUGUUGCGUCAUUUAAGCAACGUAGAUAUAUCGAAUAGCAUCCCCCUGAAAUACAUCCACCUGUCCGUUAUCGGUGACAUUUUUAGACACCUAAAGUUGGAGCACGUCCUCACAGACACUAUUAAAAAAUUAUAUGAAGAAAUGUUACAAACGGUUCAGCAGAAAUUUUUUCAAUCCAACGAUACACACCACUUGGCUAAUGUAGUGACUUGCUUCCUGCUGUACUUUACCUCCUUCCUAGAUAUCCUCCUAGGGGUGAGGGACAACAACUACAUAAACCUGACCCACCAUGGGGACUUUAACAUUUUCAACAAUUUCAAUGGGGCUUUAUUUAAAAAACAGAAAAAGAAGCGUGGUGAAGAAAACUUGCCUAAAGGCCACGUCGGGGGGGGGAAGGACAGUUACGUAUACAUGCAUAAUAGGUACACUCGAAGGAGUACUUACCUGUGGUUGCUUUCGAGGGGGAGACAGAAUGAGAUGGGUUCGCAGGUGGAACACAUAUAUGUGUGUCCCAAGGGGGAGACAACCCUGGGGGUUGUCCCGGGGGGGAGACUGCUCUCCCUCAUGAGCAACUAUUGCGACUUCAACUUUUCCUUCCUGAAUAACGGAAUGUGUGUGGACGAGUACAAGGGGAAGCAGUACCUGUUCGUCAGUACCGGGGAUAAAACGGUGGAAGAGCAAGCAGUGCAACCAGCAACGAUGGAGCAAACCCUGCUGUUCAGACACACAAACGUCAGCAUCCACAGCGUGGAGGAGAACGUUGCGUGUGAGGACUUCCCCCCGUUUGGGGCAGAAACGAAUUUCUCUGACCUGUCCAGAUGGGGUCACGGCGAUUUCGGAUGGACCCCAAGUUUUGAGUUGGUCCAAGGGGGAAUCACAAACGUGGGAUUGAUCCAUGGGGGGAGGAGAUCCCCCACCCAGAGGAACACCACUUUAUGUUCCCCACACCAAGUCAGCUGCACUCAUCACGGUGAGGGUACGACGUGGGAAAGCACAACCUCCUCCCUGGUGGAACGAAUUCGACUCUCCCUAAGCAUCCUAAAGGGUUACCUAAAAGAAACCCUAAACCUGAAGCGGCACUGUCUUCUCGAUGCAUUGGAAAAUUUUAAGGAAUGCAAAAGAGGACUGGAGGAUAUAAAGUUCAUGUACCAUUUGAUCUACCUGCUUGACUUUGAUAAGAAGGAAAAAAGGACUCCCGAUUCUUCCAUCUUCAAGAAGGUGUACUACUUGCUGGUGGAGGCGUUGUUCGGGGGGGCGAACACAUUGCCUGGGGGGGAAAUGACUCAGGAAGGAAAAACAACUGAAAAAGGGAAAAAAAAUGAUGAAGGAAAGACAACUGAGGAAGAAAAAACAACAGAGAAAGAAAAAACAACGGAGAAAGAAAAAACAACAGAGAAAGAAAAUACAACGGAGAAAGAAAUUACAACGGAGAAGGAAAAAAAAAUAGAAAAAGGGAAAGCAAAUGAGGAACACCCACCUUGUAUCCCCCCCACUGUGGACGCCGAACGGGUAACAUCCUUCAUCUUCAAUUUAGUGAAAAUGACAAAAGUAAUAAAAAUGAACAAAAAAAAAAUGGAAAAAAUUUUCAAGCUUUUUCAAAUAUACGUAGAAAAAUCUCCAGAUUUUUACGAGUCCAUUUUUAACAGAUUGUUUCUUUUUAUAUAUGAGGACACGAAGGAGGAAAACAAUAAAUUUCUGAGAAGACACUUGGACAGCUAUUUCAAUGGGAAGAGAAUCACCUUUCAUAUAUUGAGCCAUGUCCUUCGAUCCGUCCGUGCAGGUGGCCAGCGGCGGGGGAGGAGAGUUAAGCGGGAGCGUCGGUGGCACCUCCCAUGGGAUCAUCCAUCUGAGAAAGGGGGUGUGCUGACCGGCGAGGAUCCCUCCCCCCUAGAGGGGAACAUCCCCCUGGUUAAAGACGAACAGAAAGCAGAUGAAUGCAGCACGUGCGUCCCACACACACAUUGCAACCCACCCCGGAGACAGCACCAAGCCAAUCGACUCACUUGGAAAAAAAUGAAAUUCUCCAGUGUCAAAGAAGAGAUAUUUAAGAGAGCCUUUCAAAUGGGGAGGAGCAUUUAUUCAAGUGACAGCUGUGACUCUACCAGGAGAAGUAUCUUCCGAGUGAAGCGUGUGAAGAGUAGGAACUACCUGGCGUAUGAAAGAGAGAAGGCAAGUCACUUCUUGCGCCGAUCAGGGAAGAAGACAUCUGUAUGGAAGGCGUCUAAGGCGUCUGUGGAAAAUGCCUCUAUGGUAAGUAGAGCGAAGGGGAAAGGCCACAACCCAUUCUCCGGUGGAAAUUCCUCCUUAGUAACUUCCCUCUGGAGAGAAUCCAACCAAAGGGAUCACCCCAACAGGAAGGGGAAGAAACGGGGAGAUCAUCUAAGCGCAGCUAUUUUAUCUGAGCAACUAUGGAAUGACAGCCUGUGGGAUGAAACGAGAAGCUUCUCCACGUCGUUAUGCACGAAUGAAGACGCGUCCAUGGCGACGAGGAAGGACCUCACAAAGAAUGAAAGGGACCUCACGCAGAAUGGAUGGGAUCUCACGCAGAGUGAAGAGUAUCCACUCGGGAAGGAAUCCCUAAAAAGCUACAGCUCAAGUGAAUGCCUCCAGUACGUUAAUAAUUUAUGCCUUCCCUAUGGGAAGAGAUGGAAAGGACACCGAAAAAAAAGGAAAACUUCCAAAAUGGGGAACCUUUUAAAAGCUGACUGGAACAACAAAGCGGAAGGCGUCAUUAUGGUCGGAAUGAACAACAGCGAAGGUGGCACCCCCCUUAGCUGCACAUCCUCCUCCUGUUCAAAGUCAGAGGAGGAUACAAGUGAAGAGGACAGACAGAAGAUAUGCUUCCACAUGGAUGAGCUCACUAGUAGAGGUGGAGAAAAAUAUCUGAGCCUACUAAGUGCAGCGGAUUUUAAAAUGCUAAAAGGGGCGAACAGUAAUAGAAGCUUCCAAUCGGUUGAAGACAUAAGGAGCUACCCAGUGGAGGAACAAAUGGAACAAAUGAAACGGAAAAGGAGAAGAAAAAAAAAAAAAAAAAAAAAAAACAUUAUGCUUAUGCCUCUGUAUAUUAGCAUCGUCGGGGGAUUGGACGUAUUCCUAUUUAAGUAUUACCAACACGUUUGUAACACCUAUGUGAAUUCCUACUUUUAUUUGAAUACUUACUACUUCGAAAAGUAUAUCCGUAGAAAGUACCAGGGGAAAAAGCACUCACAACAGCACCUAAUCCAGGACCCCUUUUACUACCACUACUUGUUUUGCAACAAGUUCGAUUGUCAUGACAGUGGGAAGGCCGUUCUGGGUGUUCGCGUGGGCCCCCAGAAGUACGUGAAGUUCUUUAACUGGAAGGGGGUGGGAAAGAAUAACAUGGUCUCUAUUGAUGUGAUGAGCGCAACUGACAUUGCUGAUGUGCGCAUAAAGGAAGAAGUCGCCCCAGAAGAGGUGACCAACCAAAAAGUUCCCCUCACAACGGAAAAAAAAAGACCCAACAGUGUAGUAGACAAGCGGAGCAAGCAAUCCUCCAACGAGGUUGGAAGAACUUCAAAAAGAUCACCAUCGGAGAAAAGGAAAAAGCAAAUCUCUAAUGAAGAAGAACAAAACUGUGGAAACCAUACCAAACAGAAGGAACACCACUUGAAAGAGUGUGAGAACAAUUUUUUCUAUGCAGACGAUGAACUAAGCACAGACGAUGAGGAAGGAACAAUUCCAAAGGAUGCAAAGGAAGUUCACAUUUUUAAGAAGCACUUAUUCAUCCUAGACUAUUUAAGAGGCUAUUUUAGUUUCUCCAUUUUCACACGAAUGGAAAAUAUGGUUAGAGAUAUGUUUGCGAACUACCUGUUGAAUCUGCCCUACGUGAAUAGGUACGUCUUGGUGAGGAGGGACAAUCGGUGCAGAGGCGACGUGGAGUAUGAGGUUCUACCCGCGAUGGUUAACCCGAUGGUGGUUGGGGCAACUGCAGGAGGUAUCAUCCCCCCCGUGGAAAACCACUUAACCCCUGCUAGGGCAAGUUACCACGACUUGGUAAGGGAAUGCUUCCUGAAUGGGGGAGGAGUGCAGCUAUCCAUAACCGUGGUCAACGUGGAGUACUGGAAGUUCGAAGACGUGAGGGAAGAAGACCCCAUCGUGAAGAAACUAAUCCCCGACAGUUUAUCUGCCUACUUUAACACGAUUAACAAAAUAUACCAGGAGAAAAACGCAGACAAGCAUCUAAUCUUCCUCUUUAAUUUAUGCACCCUCGAUUUGUGUGUGAACGAUUAUCUCUUCACUGUAAAUUUGAAAGAAGCAUUAGUGUACUUAUUUCUAACCACCCUAGAGGUCAGGAUUGUGAAUCUCUACAAGGAGAACUUACAAUCCGAACAAUUUGGCACAAAUAAGAGUAUUUACAAUUUCGAUUUUCUCUUCAUUUCUUCUACGUAUAAAUCGGUGGAGAGUAGAACCAUCCACAUCAUUGUGAACGAGCGCAUGGUUUUAUAUGACUUUCACUUGGUUAAGGAGGCGGAGGAAGUUUCCACGUCGAAGGGGAAGAAGAGUUCCCGGGUGGCCGCUCCACGAAGGGGGGGGACACUCCGUGAACAGGUGCAAAACGGGGGGGAGUGCAAUAGGAAGAAGGCGUCACAAACGGAGAGGCAUCAUCUACAAGGGGAUUUACACCAAAGGGGGGGAGAGUCCAUAACAGAGAGGGACAACCACCUUGUGAGAGAGCCAACUGGGGGGGGUACCUUACCCGAGGUGGAAGAAUCUCACACGGGAAGGAAAACAAAUGGAGCAGGAAAUGAGCGCAUCCACGGGGCAACCUUGUCAUCCCCCCAGGGAGAUACUCAGAAGGAAGGUCAAAAUAAAAUGUGCGAAGCAUUAAGUGGAGGAAGAAAACGCAGCGAUGGCAACAAAAAUGCUACAGACCUGGCCAAGGAUCCGCAAAACGCACAAGCAGAAGACAUUGUCAAGAAGAAAAAUAUUUCCACCGAGAACGUCUACUACAAUUUAAAGUUCCUGAAAGAAUAUCAGGAAAAUGAAAUAAAAAAAUUCAGAAGCAAAAAAACUUUAGAUGAUGUAGAUGUAAAGUUUUUUUUCACAGAAGAGUAUCUGAUCCAGAAGAUGAACUUGCCAGAUCGGUUCGUUCGGGAGACUUUAAAAAAGCUAGCUAGGAGGAAACUUCUACAAAGGAAUACAUUCAAGGUUAUGAAUAAGAGGAACAACAAAGCGACUCAGUUUGCUGUUUACACGACGUCGGAGUUGGAUGACGUUGGUGACGCAGAUGUGGGUGACGCAGAUGUGGGUGACGCAGAUGUGGGUGACACGGAUGUGGGUAACACCGACGUGGGUAACACCGACGUGGGUAACACCAACGUGUGUGAGAGGAGAGUAAAGGAUGAGGAAGUGGAACCGUGGGAAAAGGUGCCCGCAGGGGGCAGGGAAGGUAGUCCUCUCCUCCAGAAACUGCGUGACGCGGAUGAUACGGGUGAGAGUCACACACCCGGGGAACUGCCGCAGAGGGACCAAGAGGGACAACCCGAAGUGGGUCUGCCUCGAAGACAGGGAGGAGCGCGUCAUGCAACAAGACAACGAUCAGAACAGCUCACCAGACAGAGAUCGAGUCGGCAGAGAGCGAACACUCCGGACCCCACCCCGAGGACAGACAGGAGAAGGAAGCUUCCAAUCGGACCCAACGACCUGUCUUCCCAGAACACCGAAGAGGGUAAGCUUCAAUUGGCGAAGAAGCAGAAGUGCGCCAAAGGAAAAAACGCAAGGGGGAGGACCGCCCCUCUGGAAUCGCCCCAACAACCAUCCUCAUCCAUAGCACCACCAUCAUCAUCAUCCAUAGUACCACCAUCGUCUUCAUCGUUACCACCUUCAUCUUCUUCCCUACCAACGCCACCGACGCCACCAACUGCACCGACGGGUGUUGGGAAAGUCAAAACCGAACGAGCCACCAAAGCAUCGAGAGAACGACUCCAGGGGAAAGCGUCCAGCAAUGGCAGGACGAAAAAAGAAAAAGGCACACCUACGGUUGGCAGUAGCGUAGUGAAAUUAGAGACUAGUAGUAUGGCUUCUUUUGUGAACAAUUCGCUAGGCAGCUGUACCCCGAAUGAAGGUGUUGUGAAGAGGGAGAGUAUCACCAGUGCGGAAAACACCGCCAAUGCAGCCAACACCAGCAGCGGGGCGAAGAAGCACAGCAGGGGGGGCUCCACGAUGCAGGAGCAAAGUACCGACAGUCAGAGCGACCCCCGCAGGUGCGCUGGUGCACGCAGUGGAAAUCGCAGCAGAACAUGCAAGAGCGACCAGGAGAAGGGCUACCCCGAGGGAAGGGCCCAUGAAAAGUCAUCCCAACUGAGUGACCCCGAUGAUGAGAAACGAACAAGAGGAAAGAGAGUCAGCAAAGUUGCAAAAGAAAAAACAGUAGUUAACAAAAUAGAGUCCUAUCUUAGUGAGAGGAAAUGCAAUAGCGAUGGAACAGUUAAGGACCCUUCGGUAGUCAAGCAGGGACAGGCAACCAACCCCGCAGGCAGCAACUCCAACUGUAGUAGUAAUAGUAAUAACGAACCCAUGGAUUUCUUCCUCGACGAAGUUGCAACCGACCACGAUGAGGAAAAUGAGAUAAAAAGAAGGAGAACCUUCGAGAACUUAAACUUGGAAGAGUCCUACGAAUUCUACGAAAACCAUAUCUUAAAAAUAACGACGGAUCGAAUGAACAGAAUGAAAGCAGAGCCGGGGAGGAACACCUCCACUCCGUUAUUUCUCAUUGUGAGCAGCUUGAAUAAAAUCCUAACGGAAAAAAAAAUGACCCAACUGUCUCAGCCCAGUGUGCUCGCCAUUUUAAAUAUCAUGAUGAGGAAGAACAAGGUGGUGCGGAUCGGCGGGAACUGGCAGCCAACUUAG